AUGGCGGUGGUGGUGAUGGCAAUGGUGGUGGCUAUGGUGGUUUGUGGGGGAGGUAGUGGUGGAGGAGGUAUGGGUGGUAGUAGUGGUUGCGGCUGUAGUGAGGUGGUGGAGGAGGUGGGGGUGAUAGUGAUGGUGGUGGUGGGAGUGAGCGGUGGCGGUGGCGGUGGCAGUGGCAGUGAUGGUGAUGAUGCUGGCAGUGGUUGUGGUGGUGCUGACGGCGGGGCUGAUAGUGAGGGUGGUAGUGGUGGUGGAGGUAGGGGUAAGGGUGGUGGAGGUGGUGGGUGUGGCAGUGAUGGUGAUGGUGAUGGUGCUGGCGGUAGUGGUGGUGACGUGGGUGAUGGUGGGGCUGAUAGUGAGGGUGGUAGUGGUGGUGGAGGUGGCAGUGAUGGUGAUGGUGAUGGUGCCGGCGAUAGUGGUGGUGACGGUGGAGGUGAUGGUGGGGCUAGUAGUGGGGGCGGAGGUGGGUGGUGGUUGAGGUAG